UAUCAUUUUAUUGUGAUUGUUUCUUAUUAUAAAUAAGCAGCAUUUAUUGUUUGUCUUUGCUUCCUCAAGAAUCUAGUGAAAUGUUUCAAGGAUUGAUUUUAAAAUUAUACUUAAUUUUGCAAACGUAUGCUUUUGCAACAAAGCUGGACAAGGAGCCAUCGUGUCCCAGACUUUUGGUAGAGCUUGGUGAUUUUCAAAAAAAUCUUGUAACAUGUGUGACGCAUAACUCGGUGCCCGUAAAAAUCUGCUCUAAUUGCGAGGAUACGUACCACAAUAUGACUGCACAAUACAAAAAAUUAUCACAAUGCUCAGAAUAUUUUGAUCAGGAUCGUCUUAAUCUAAUACCUACUACUCAAAAUUUGCUAAGCAGUAUUUGGUCUAAAGCCUAUUGUAACGAAUGCUAUGAGGAUAACGCAAUUAAAAAAUACGAAGAAAAAAAUACAGAAUUUUCAAGAUGUAUAAAUGAUACCACUAAUGAAAUUUGUGCGACUUGCCUACAUUUGUACAGAGAUUUAAACUCUUACUUUACAUCAUUAAAUCAGCAUUAUAACGGUAAAGUUUGCUUCGAAAUGCAAGAUCAGAUGAAUCGCACGCGGAAUCAUUGGUCCAAAGAAUUGAAAUGCUGCCAGCGAAAACCCAAAUUAACUUACUUCACAAUAGCUUUGGCCUUUGUUACUAGCUUGCCUAUGAUAUUUUAUACCAGUUCCUAUAUUAUCACAAUACGACGAGAAAAUAAUCACGGAACCUUGCACGACGAAGAUCCACUGUUGAACGUACCUGCGCCAACAGCAUCCACUUCCUCUACCGCAACACCAGGCGCGACUUCCUUGCCAAAAUCUUCGACAAACUUAAGUGAAACAUCACCGGCAAUCAGUAAAAAAAUGUUCUAAACUCUUUUUAGAGAAAGUCGAAAAGAGGACGUAAUCUAAGGGAUCAUAUACAAAGUUCCAGAGAACGACUAGUUAAUUAUUGCGUUUUCUUUAUUAUUACUUUUUUUUUUUUAAAUUUAUGAAAAAUAUGUAUAUAUAUAUAUAUAUUAUUA